AUGCCCAGACUGGAGCGUGAGUUUGAUUACAUUGUCUUACAUGGCCUCUUCCUUGUGAUAGAUUAUAGGUAAAACCAGGGCAAUAACUUAUGUCUGUCAGAAGUUACGUAUUUCGUCUGUCUAUCUGUAUUUGUACAGAACUCUGACGUUAGGGAAGUACUUUGGGAGAGGUGAGUUAAGUUCUACUUGUGUUGAUCCGUCAGUUCUCCUGCCUCUGUCGAAUCCAUCUGAAAGAUCUGGAGGCCCAUGUGUUGACAGUUGUAUCUAAGGUUUAUGAUACAUCUUGUUGACUCUUCUCAUCAACAUUAGUUCACUGUCCAUAGCCUAUAACCUUUAUGGGUACACAGAACUGUGAUAAAUAAAAAAUAUGCAUGUCCAUAUUCAGGUGCUGGACAGAAAGAAACGUAUUCAAGUUGAGGCCAUUAUACAGAGCACUGUGCCUUGUGUUGCAGAUUGCCCUGGAUGCAUGUUCAGUGCGAGUGGUGUUGGUGUCAUUUGGCUGCAGAGAGGGGGCGUUGCAUUGGCUAGCGGAGACAGGUUGCCAGUAUGACAUGCUGUUGGACCCACACAGGAAGGUUAGAGUUACCAGGCAGAUUGAUUGAUUUAGAACCAGGCCCAUGGCAGUGUAGAAUGUAUUUGAUUCACUCACUUCCUAAUACUUAUCUGACUAAAAUGAUAUGUUAUACAUACUAUGUAGUACAUUUACUACUACUAUUAAUUUACAAUGCACUAUAAACAGUCAUGUUAUGUUGGGGGAUUGCAGGAAUACAGCGCCUUUGGCUUGGGAACAUCUCUAAAGAAUGUGUUGAACUUCAACAACAUGCUACUCUAUGCUGAAUACGUUGUGGCAAACCUGGGGUUUCCAAGAGGUCUGUCGUCUAUAGAAGAUAAUAUGUUUCAGGUGUGGCUGUGAGAUGAUCAGAUACAUAAAGAAUACAUUUAUUAAGGAGUGUACUUUUAUGGUUAUCUUUUUGUUAAUUCUGUUUUCCAUGUAUUUCUCAGCUUGGAGGAGACUUUGUCCUGGAUGACCAGGGGAGGGUGCUGUUCUCUCACUGUUGUGACAGCCCUAUAGACAGACCUGCUGUAGAGGACAUGCUGGGUGCCAUUCAGAAGGGAUACCCAGACCUGUCA